AUGUCGGCGUCUCAACCUCACCACAUGGCCCGUUCAACAGAAAUCCAAAUCCCUCAGCUAGCUCUGUUACAUCGUCUCAAGCCAGUCACGAUAUUACAUCCUGGUUACAGCCCUGAACAGCAGUUCAUCCUCCUCUCCCUUCCCGCCUACCCCCAGGUCACCACACCCACAGACGGGGCCACGCUGUAUGGCGUCGCCUGCUGUCUUGUCAUCGACGCCUGCCGCAUUCUCACCAAUUUUGCCGCCAACAAUCAGGGAGACUAUCUCGCGUAUGACCUCGAAGGCAACCUCCGUGUCCCGGCAGCCGACGACACCUUUCUGGAAUCGGGCGAGUACUUCUACCACCUCGGCCCAAUGCACCCCGCCCAGUAUCCCAUUGUCGCCAAAUUCAACGCAUUCAUAUUCCCCAUUGCCCUUCCAGCUCAUUGGUCUCGACACAUGGACGAUCAGGAGGACCUCGACUUAUGGGCGAAUGUGACAGAAUCGGUGAUGUCCGACAAAGUGAAAUCAGACGAUGGAUGCUGCAUAGUCACCAAACACUACAAUGCUUGCGACAACGCUCAUCUGGUGCCCAAGGAACAACAAGCCUGGUUUCUCGCCAAUGCCAUGGGCCGAUACAACAGGAGCCGGAUGACGGGCUCUGUCGACGACGUUGCCAACGGUGUCACUCUGCGCUCUGAUGUGCACCGUUUGCUCGACUUGCACGCCUUUGUCUUCUAUCCCAUAGGCGACCGCAAGUUCGUAACAUACAUUGUGCAACGGAAUAUCCAUGACUAUGCGGAGCUGUUGCAUGGGAGAACGGUGACGGUCCCUUUGCGCGUAUCUCACGAGUUCCUUUACGCCCGCUUCGCAUAUAACAUCAUCAAGCUCUUUCCAAAGACGUUGCCCGCGUAUAUUAAGCGUUUCCAAUCCAAGGAGACACUUAGGCAGGAACAAGAGGCGCUACGAGAAUCGAAGCAAUCGAAGAUGUCGUCGACGAAGACAGCUCGGUCUGCUCUCAGCUCAAUUUCGGAGGAUCAAGACACAACCAUGUCUGAGGCCUCUGAACCCGUAGGGAAAGAUGAAGGUGACACGCAAGUAUUGGCUUCCGAAUAUCAGGUCACGGAGGAUGGUGACCGGGGCAUUGCCCCUGGUGACGACCGAUACAAGACAAAAUAUGCUUUAUGGUUUCCGAGAUUGGCGGAACUCCCAGAGGUCGACAAUCCCCCGGAGUCGCUCAGGACGACAUACCACCCAGAGACACCCAAGAUGCUACGGCUAAGGUCUGAGUACAUCAAGAAGCAUCCGCAGGUGUGGCAGACGUCGACGACCCCGGCUGGAGCGACUCGGCCGGACGUGGAGAGCUUAGUUGCGAGGUCUUUGGUCCGAUGAACAAUGAUGUUUCCGCUGUUGAUGAUGGGUACCAGGUGUGUACGUGGGGUUAGCAGGGAUGAUGCUGGAGAGGCACUGUAGGUCGGAUCCGGCACAGUACUGAGUCAGAGAAGGGACAACAGCACGACAGGAAACAACGUGUCCCCGAUUUGAGUUUCCUGCGCAGCAGCGGGAUCCAGUAAUCACAUG